CGUUCGCGAUUGUCAUCGUCACCCGUUCACGGUUCAGCACGUUCAGAAUCAACCGUGGCGGUUUAGUACUGGUUAACCUUGCGCCGAGAUUAGACCGAUUGUGUUUAGGGCACCACCGGAAGAAGAAGACGACGACGAGCCCUAGCGUCCUGUUUGGCGCCCUGGCCCAACGAGAACCUUUGCGAUCAGCUGCUAUUCCGCCCACUCUGCUGCAACGGUUACAGCGAAUUAGUAUUCCCACAAGGUGCAGCCAGCAAUACCAAUCAUGCACUAUUAGCUUAGGCUCAAUCGAACGUCCGCGCAAGUGAAAGUGUUGUGUGAUAAAAUUGUAAUUGACAAGCUUUAAUUUCUACCCAACGCUUAAACAGUCCACACCUGUGAACGCUUCUAGUGAGGUGAAGCAAUUGUGAUUACCGGAGAAGUGAUAUAUCGGAAGAAUAUGAAGUUGCGAUACUUGAACCUACUUGUUCAGUUCCUGAUGGUGUGCGUCCUAAUCGGGCGGAUAAAUUGCCAUAUCACCUUUGAUACCCAAAUCCGUGCCUCACCACGGCAGGAUCCUAACCAACGUAAUCCCUUUCUCGAGUGGCUUACCAGCUGGAUUGGCACCACUACGACAACCCCAGCCCCACCACUAACUCCACCUACCGACUGUAGCGAAUGCAAAUGCGGUCGAACGAACCUAGCAACCCGAAUCGUCGGUGGAACGGAAACUCGCGUUAACCAAUACCCGUGGAUGGCUAUGCUCCAGUACGGAGGAACCUUCUACUGUGGAGGGUCCCUGAUCUCUGAUCAGCAUGUCCUAACCGCGGCACAUUGCGUGCAUGGCUUCAAUCCGGCCAAGAUCACCGUUGUCCUGUUGGAUCAUGAUCGAUCGAGUACGACCGAAGCGGAAACCAUCACCAGCAAAGUAGAACGAGUGAUCAAGCACAAUGGGUACAAUUCCAACAACUACAAUAGUGACAUAGCGGUGCUGAAACUGGAAAAUAAGAUCAUGUUUAGCGAUAAGAUUCGACCGGUUUGCCUACCGUCGGCGAAGAAGUCCUUUACAGGCCAAGAAGGAAUCGUAACCGGUUGGGGUGCCACAUCGGAAAACGGACAGAUUUCGGUGAACCUGCAAGAAGUAACUGUACCGAUCAUGUCCAAUGCGGAUUGCAAGAAAACUGGCUACGGGCAGAGUCGCAUUACCGAUAACAUGAUGUGCGCUGGAUUUCCGGAAGGAAAGAAGGACUCUUGUCAGGGUGACAGUGGUGGUCCACUGCACGUUAUCGAUUCCGAGAUGAAAUCGGAAAGCGUUCAUCAAAUUGCGGGAAUAGUAUCCUGGGGCGAAGGGUGUGCUAAGCCUAACUACCCGGGAGUAUACACCAGGGUGAACCGAUUCCGGACGUGGCUUAUGACUAACACGGCUGAUGCUUGCUACUGUUCGGAAUGACUGGAGGAAUUGGAAUAAAUGAGGAACUAAAA